GUCCCCGGCGGCGGCGGUGGGAUGGCGGCCGAGGGGAAGGUGACGGGGCAGAGCCAGGAACAGUUCCUGCUGCUGGCCAAGGCUGCCCGCGGCGCCGCGCUCGCCAGUCUCAUCCACCAGGUGCUGGAGGCCCCGGGCAUCUACGUCUUCGGGGAGCUGCUGGACAUGCCGGCCGUCCGCGAGCUGGCCGAUUCCGAGUUCUCUCCCGUCUUCCACCUGCUCACCAUCUUCGCCUAUGGCACCUACGCCGACUACCUGGCUGAAGCAGCAAACCUGCCUCCCUUGACAGAGGCUCAGAAGAACAAACUGAGGCACCUGUCAGUCGUCACUCUGGCUGCCAAGAUCAAGUGCAUCCCCUAUUCGGUGUUGCUGGAGCAGUUACAGCUGAAGAAUGUCCGGCAACUGGAGGACCUCGUGAUCGAGGCGGUGUAUGCAGAUGUGCUGCGAGGGAGCUUGGAUCAGCGGAACCAGCGCCUGGAGGUGGAUUACAGCAUUGGGAGGGACAUCCGGAGGGAGGAGCUAAGCACCAUCACCCGCACAUUGCAGGAGUGGUGCCAGGGCUGUGAAGUUGUCUUGUCUGGCAUUGAAGAACAGGUUAGCCGAGCCAACCAACACAAAGAACAACAGCUGGCACUUAAGCAGCAGAUAGAGAGUGAGGUGGCAAAUCUGAAGAAAACAAUUAAAGUGACAACAGCAGCUGCUGCAGCAGCCACAUCUCAAGACCCGGAACAGCACCUCACAGAGCUCAGGGAACCUGCCCCUGGCACCAACCAGCGCCAGACCAGCAAGAAGACUUCCAAAGCCAAAGGGCUCCGGGGCAGCGCGAAGAUUUGGUCUAAAUCAAACUAGUUGGAUCUCCCUUCACAGGUCGGAGGGUGAGAGGAAGAGACUUGGGACUCUUGCUACCCCUCCACCUCCUAAGUGGGAUGCUUCUGAGCUCGUUUCUGAGAUCUGUCUUGCCAACUAAUUUUCCUGCAUGUUCUCUUUUCUGUCUUCUUUACUUCCUUUCUGGGCAGUGCUUCCCACCUUUUAAUCAUGUCACACUCUAAGCUUCCAGUUGAAUGCGUUAGUGUUUCCUCUACCCCUCAAGGUUCCAUCACCACAAUCACAUUUCUUUCUUUAUCCCUGUCUUUUGGCAGGUAAAUUUAAAGAGUCAUAAAAGUCUGUCUGUCACCUUUGCAUCUGUAGGGCAUCACAGAAGCUUGGAAAGAGUGCAGUGGUGCUUAGCAAUCAUUUUGGCUCUCUGAGACCCCUGGGACACCUUGUUCCAGGAUGCAGCUGCCAUCUCUGAUUGUUUAAUCUUUGUUUUGCUAGGUGGGAGGGUAGUUUUUGAAGGGAUUCUUUUAAAAGAAUAUAAAUAUAUUAUAAAUAUAUAUAAACAAUAAAAAUAUAGAUCUAUGGACAUAUCUA